AUGUCAGCAUCCUCCGCUGCACCGAGUGCGCGUAAGGCCCGUCGCCUCGCCCUGGUUCAUCCUUAUGCCCGCCUUGCUGCAAAGCAGGAGAGGAGCUCGAGGAAGAUAUGGAAUCAUGCGCUCGAGAAGCACUUGUUCUCGACGUACGAGCUAGGUACGCUCGGGGCGCCACACCGGCGGACGAUCUACAUCGCCAGUCUCGAGGCCCAUGUAGAGCGCUUGCACGCACAGCUGCUAAGCAUCGGGUUCUGGCCUGUCGCUUUCGAGGAGCUGGACGUGUUCCGUGGCUUGAAUGGCAAAGUCGCCAAGAGCAUGAUAGCUGGACUACAGCACGACGCUGUGAUGGAGAAGAUGAAGGUCAUGGAAUUGGAACGCGCUGUAAGUGUAUCUCGUCCCUUGCAGCGCUACCAUUCGCUGACUGCUUGCCGCAGAAUGAAAGUCUACGCAAGAUUCUCGAGACCGCUGCAGAGAAUUCAGACGGCACGCCCACGCAACAAGACCAUUAGACGCUCACCGUACUAG